AUGAGGUCUGCUAUAUUUGAUAAAGAUCCACAUCUAUUUUCGGAACCGAAGCGACAGUCAAAGUCAAGAAAUCUGUUGAAAAAUUCAUCCCCUAGUAUCAGCUCCACUAAUUCAACUUUAAUCCGUCAAAAAUCAAAACCAGCAACUCCAGAAUUUGGCGAAUAUUCCAGAAGUUCAAAUGAUAACAAAAAGAAUACAAUCAAUGGAACUAAUAUAGCGUGGAAUCUAGAUGAAAUGCUCAACAGCUACGUUGAGCAUCGUGUACUCCCUCCUAUAUUAUCGCCAACAAUACCCCAAGGUCAAUCUGCUCGAGGGGAAGAGAAAUCAGAAGGGAAGGAAAUUCUGUUUGUUAAUUCGGCAGAUUCUCUUGCAAGUGAAAACUUACCUCUUUCGAUGCUAUCCCCGACAUUGCCAGUCAUGUUUGAUAGUAAAGAAGCCACGCCAAAUAGUAAUUAUCCUAAAUUAGUUCAGCCGAAACCCAAGCAAGCAAUACUGAAAAGCACACCGAAAUUGGUGGAUCUGACUGUUAAUGAACCUCAAUUAUCAAGACCUAAAGUUCGCUGGAUCGACAAAUCACAAGACAUACGCCCAAAGUUUUUACUAAGAAUUAAUUUUCGCAAUCAGCCUAAGUAUAAGCAUAGUUUCAAUAUUGAUAAGCUAGAUUCUCCAAAAAAGUACAAUGGCCUAGGAAUAUUGAGCUCGAAUAAUGAGCCAAUAACGAAGGAAAUUCAGGAACAUGCGUACAAAGAACCAACACAGGAAGCUAAGUCUAAAAAGUCACAAGAGGGAAACGUUUAUGUAAAACAAAACGUAAAGCCAUUUUCGAAGAAACAAGGUGAUAAACAAGAAACGCAACAAUUUAGGGAUGAACAAUUGAAGCAAUUGAACAGUGAUAUAUUACAGAAAGAACAAGCUAAGCAAACAGACUUAGAAAGAUUAAGAAUCCUGAAGAGCCAAUCUCCAUUAAUACUGAAUCAACUGAAAUUAGCUUUCACUGAAGAGGAAAAAGAGGAAUAUAAGGCAAAUUUGAUACUGAAGAAAAAUUAUUGGAUUAAAAUCGCCAAACAGACUAAAGCGGAAGCGGAUAAAACUAAAGAUCCAACAUUGUCAAUAGUGAUAAGUAUUGAUGCGUUAUUGUUGUAUAUGAUUGCAUAUGACUAUGAUGAGAAACUGAAAUUAAUAUCAGAAGUAUUACCUCUGGAAAGGUAUUGGAACUCGCUAUAUCAGGAUUGUACUAACUUGAUUGUUCAACUAAAGCAAAGCAUACCAAAAAAGAUUUCAAAUGAAAAAUCUAGUUCCCGGAUACCUUUAAAUGAAUAUAUCCAAUCAUUUAUAGGUAUAUUAUAUCAGAUGAAAGCACUAAUCUUAAAACAAGUUAAUUCUGUUUUUCAGAAAGUGAUAGAUGAGUACAUUUUCAAAAAGAAUAACAAUAACAAAAAUGACCUCCUUAAUGAACUAAACAAUAAAAUUAUAGAAUUACAGCAAUCGACCAUCAGCAAUUAUAAUAAGGCCAUCGCAAAUUUUUCUAAGGCAGAAUCAUAUUUUUCUAUGACCACACAAGCUUCAGUGAAUUUUCCAAAGACAUGGUAUAAUAAAUCUCCGCAUAUAAAUCCUAUUCAGACUUAUGAAACGAGUUUUGUUCCCGGUGGUGAUAACUACUUUUUGCCCAUAGGAAUGUAUUCUGAAUUAAAGGAAAUCAGUGGCUUUAUGUUUAGCUGUCUUAGAGAAUUUAGUGAGCUAUUUCAAUGUACUACUAACAAUAGUGAGAAAUCUGAAACAGCUUAUAUCUUACAGUCUGGAUUGAAAGGUGCACCCACGGACGAAGUUAUAAUGUCAUAA